CUUGAGGGGAACAUAAUUUUCCUCGAAAGAAAGAUGCCUGAACGGUUGCCGGCCAAAGUGAUAAAGGCCUUGGAAGCCGUAAAGUCAAAUUACGAAUACCCAGAGCCACCAGCAAAGGAGUUUCGUAGCAGACAGUCACUUACAUUGGGAGCAACAGGCCGGGGAGAGUGCAAAUACGGAGUUAAAUAUGGGGACGCAGACGACAACGAAGACGAUGAUGACGAAGUCGCCGACGACGGUGAUGAUGUUGAUGAUGAUGAUGAGGACGAAUAUGAGAACGAAUAUGAGGACAAUAUCUCACAACUGUGAAGGACCUAGGAGGCUCCAAGAUCAAAGCUACCUGAACUGGCGCCAGACAUGCUCUACGGCUACCCAUCCACCUUCCUCCCCAAUAACGCCGAGGCCGAAACAGCCGCGACCCGAGCCAACAAGUAUCUCAGCGCCCCGCUCAUCAGCUUCGACAUCCGAGGCGACCUGUUGCUCGGCACGUACAAAUGCAUCAUGGCCUGCGCCACCUGCUCCAAUAUCGCCACCUCUGACGACAACCGCGUUUGGCGUCGUGACGAACGGCUCGGAGGCAAGAAUCUACAUGUCCUGGCGAGCCAAGCGCAAGAAGGCCGGCCGCAGCGAUAAGUUCAUCGUGUGCCUCGUUGAGAAUUUCCUCCUAGAGAAACGAGACGAGUACCUGAAACUGCGUAUGUGCGUGCUGAACAUCGUCAGAUGGGGGUUGGAGAGAGAGGCGGAGAUGGUCAAGGCGGUGGAGAUGAAGUAUUCGGCCUAGGUAAGUUGGGUAAACUAGAAGUGAGGAUUAACUAUGUAUGUAUGAAGGAACGAAUUUCAUUGGAAGCUUUUAUUGGGGGGGAUUU